AUGUUUGCCAGAGGCAGGGGUCGAACGCCCUACGGUAAUAGUUUAACAAAGUCCCUUCGCCCAAAGAAGACUGCACCUCUUCAUAAAAAAGAAUGGGUGAGCACCAACAGUGACCUCGCCAAGUACAAAUUGACCCCAGCCGAAUUGAAUUAUCGCAGAGAGAGCCGCAAGUCACACAACAAAGCGGUAGCUCAGUGGGAACUGCGAGAAAAAGCCUUGAGAGAGCGCUUCCGUCAUGCUGGAGGUAGUCCUUUGGACAAGGACAGUCAAAGAAUCAUAAGAGAGGUGUUUUCUGAAAAGAUGCUCUUGCAUGAUGUGCUCGCCCGCUCAGACCGAACUUUGGCUGUGGUCAAUGAGCUUUUUGGAGAACCCCAAUGCAGAACGAUUGGACAUCCCAGUGUGACACUGGCCCCAAACUCAGACUCUCCUAUUUCCCAGCGAUCCACUGAGCCACCCUCUCUCAAUGACUCCAACUUGGAUCAUCAGGCCCUAAUUGAAACAGAGAACAACGACUACUACUACAGUGAUGAAGAGCCUGAAGCGGGAAGACUCUUCCAAAGUAAAAAAAAGGAGAAGAUCAUGACGAGACGGCCUCAGCGCCAAAGGGGGCGUCAUGGUGUUAAUGAAUGCACACCAACCAGAGCACCUGUCCAAACUGCUCUUAAUGCCACACCAGUGGUCCAGCGUGUAAGGUCCAGACACAACCACUCAGAGGAACCCAAUGAGGGGGAGUCUUUGCUAGUAUCACAAGUCCUAAACCCUGACAUUUCCCCCAGACAGCCAGGUAGCUGUCAGCCUACUAAAACCAGAAAAACUGUCAAGUUUAAUGACGGUUCCUCCGUGGUGUCGUUCAACGGUGAAAAGUCAGGCCUAGGCCUGCUACAAAGCAUGUUAGCUGAAGUGGAGCACGAAUUGGAUUCCCUGAGUCCACAAACGUCGACGCAGACUCUGCAACACCCGGCGCAAGGGCUUACUGGCUUCUCCUUGGCUUUGGUGUCCACUCUGGCACGCCUGGUUCGCCUCAUUAAAAAGCGAGAACAUGACGCUGAAACCGCAAUCGAGGAAAAGCGUAAAUUGGAGGAGAGUCUGAGAGAACAACGACACCUGAUUGACGCUCUGACUGCGGAGACCAUGACUCUGAGAGAAGAAACCUCCUCCUUGCAGGCUGAAUUGAAGCAGCGCACAGCAGAAAUGGACAGAAAACUGGACUCUGCGGUGUCCGCAAUGGCGACGCACAUCAACCAACACCGAGGCGCUGAUGUCAUUGCAACAGAGCCAGAACAGAACGCCUACAACAAACCGCCAACCAACAACUCAUCGUCCAGUUUUACGUCGCAAAUUUCUCCUGACUCCGGGCUCGUCGAGCUCCGCCGACUCAAAGACACGAUUAGCGCCCAGCUAAGUCAAUUUGAGAGCAUCGGAAAGUCACCUGGCAGCAGUUCGGAGCAGAAGUGUUCAGGUUCUGGCAGGACGGGGCCCGAGACUACUGCAAGGCUCGGUCAAUACACCGAUCAAAUGAUGCAUACAAAUGCGGCUACUGUCAAUAACAGCAUAUAUAGUGUACAGCAGCGGCUCCUGGAGCUCAACAGGCAAAACACAGCAGCCAGAGAGCGACUGCUGGAUCUCAUUGAACAGCAGAAGCAGACCGUUUCUGAUCGAGUUUCCCCACUCGGAUCCCCCGUGCCUCCCUCGGCGUUCAGCCCGCAACAUUCAGAUGAGAUUGUUCAUGACGGCUACAUUAUCACUAAGAUGGAAAUGGAAGCACUGAUGGAUCCCCGCUGA